AUGCUUAUUCUGGCGAAUGUCUCCAAGGCAGUUGUAGAAACAAUAAAGGAGUAUCUGGCUUUUGCUGGGGCCAUGCCAGUCACUGAGGCAAUGAACAUUUUAAAUAUCUCUGAAGGAACUCCUCUUUCUUCAGCACUGAUAAAUCGGCAAGCAUCUAAAAUAUCAGCAAAGAACAAAAAGGCACUCCCAGCUUCUGCCUGCAUACUAAAGAAAAUAAGCAGUGCAGAGAAGGUUCUCUUAAGGGAGAUUGAGUAG